CAGGGAACUCGUGAAAUAGGAGGCAGAGGAAGCAGAGGACAUGGGUAGUGUGAAAGCAGUUGCUCUUAUCAUCGGAGAUUCCAAAGUCCGAGGCUCUCUUCAUUUCGUUCAGGAUGCCAACGGGCCUACACAAGUAAAAGGGAGAAUUACUGGGCUCUCUCCGGGCCUCCAUGGUUUCCAUAUUCACGCUCUUGGUGAUACCUCCAAUGGUUGCAAUUCCACUGGACCUCAUUUUAAUCCACUGAAGAAGGACCAUGGAGCUCCUUCAGAUAAGGAGCGUCAUGCAGGUGAUUUGGGUAACAUUGUUGCAGGCCCAGAUGGAGUUGCUGAGGUUUCUCUUAAGGACUGGCAGAUUCCACUAAGCGGACCUCAUUCCAUUCUUGGGAGGGCAGUUGUAGUGCAUGCUGAUCCUGAUGAUCUUGGCAAAGGUGGACAUGAACUCAGCAAGACUACUGGGAAUGCAGGAGCAAGAGUUGGAUGUGGUAUCAUUGGCCUCAAGUCAUCUGUUUAGAGAGAAUUGCUUAUGGGGCAGAUAGUACACAACCUAAUAAAUGUGGGUUAGUCCUCUCUCUUUCCACAUGUGUUCAGUGUUCUAUAAUCUUGUAAUAAUAUUAUUAUAUUGGUAUAGGAAUGCUUUACUUGGAAAAUUAAUGCCUGCUUCUUCGUUAAGUUCGGUUUUGAGAAAACCAUUCUUUCCCUCUUGAGUGCGCUUUUUGGCUUAGUAAACUGGCAAAACUAUCAAUGUAGACCAACUUGAAAGUUCUGU